CACCCAUUUUGCAUAGAAUGCGACCACUCCACCCCGUUCACCCUGCCAGUUCAGAUGAAGAUUUUGAGGGCCCCAAAUGUUUUAAACCGUUUCAGCUGGUGCUGGCGCGCAAAUCCAAGUUCCAACUUUGGCCGGCCGCUAUAGUGGGCGACGCCACCCUGGUGCCGGGCUUCAAGGUCUACUUUUUCCGCAGCCAGGACGUUAUGGAUCUGCCCAGGGCGCACAUUCUGAUGUUCUUCGAGAACCUUUUGGAGCGCGACGUGAGCUUCCGGCUCAACAACGGCUGGAAGAAGGGCGUUCUGAAGCAAUUCCAAAUGGACGACAAGGCUUUCAUUCCGGAGUUUUGCGUGGAGACGCGCAAAGGCCUGCAGCACACAGUGCCUUUCUUUGAUCUGUUCCUUACCACUAAGCAGGCCGAUUUAGUGUUGCCUGAAGUUGUGUCGCAGACUUCCAUAAUCUCCUGGUAAUUGCAAGUAAAUUCGGCUGAUAAAUCGAA